AUGAAAUCCCCUGCUGAGGGUCGAGAUCCCAAGCUGUAUUGCCAAUUCCACGAAGAUAUAGGUCAUGAUACCAAAGAUUGUAGAAGCCUGAAAAGGGCUCUGGAUGGUCUAGCUUCCAUAGGACACUUAAAGAGCUACCUUCUGAGAAGUACCCACGGCACGGGAAAAAGUCACUAUAAGAAGAACAAGUCACCCGUCUCGGCCGGAGAAGGGAAUCAUAGUGAAGGGGGCUUUGUAGCCGUCAUAUCAAGAGGCCCUGCCAUUGGAGGACCCACCAUGAGGGGACAAAAAGAUUAUGCCCGUCGGUUAGGUCAAGUAAUGUUGUCUGGAAAGUCACCGAUGGACCCGUUCCCUCGGAUAGAAAUAUAUGAAUCAGAUGGAGGACGCAUAGCCACCCCGCAUGACGACCCCCUCGUCGUCGAAAUCAAGAUCUCCAACUUGAGGGAAAAGCGCAUAUUGAUAGAUACAGGGAGCUCGUCCGACAUAAUGAGCAUGGAGUGCCUGAGCCGUCUAGCUCAUGUCCCUAAGACCAUUGAAAGCAUCCAAUAUCCUAUCAUCGGUUUUGGAGGAAGCAUCAUACAUCCUGUAGGCGUCAUAACCCUACCAGUACGGAUAGGAGGACGUAAUGAUGGGAGAAAGAUGGAUGUAGAUUUGCUAAUUGUCAGGGACCUCACAGCGUACAACGUCAUCCUGGGACGUCCCACUCUGAACAAGACCAAAGUUGUGGUCGUCACUCAUCUCAUGCUCCUAAAGUACGUGUGUGAUGACAUAUCCAUAGGAACCAUUCAUGGAGAUCAACAGCAAGCACGAGACUGUUAUCUCACCACUCUCAACCCUUCAGCAUGGAAAAGGGAGCCAGCCGGAACCAAAGGCAAAAGAGAGUACGAAGAGGAGCCACCAGCAGCUGAAGAAACUACCCUAAUUAAGUUAGAAAAAAGUGGCUAA